AUGGAUUAGAAUAUACAAUUGAUACAAGUAUGCUCAAAUGACGAAAUCCUUAUUUAAUGCAGUGACAUGUUCCUUAGUUCAGAUGGAUUUUAUCCACCUUUCAUAAAAAUGAAGUUCAUGCAAAAAAUAUUAUUAGAUCUUAAUUGCAAAUAGAAAAUAUGAUUUUUCAUAUCUUUCCAGUUUAAUUUGAUAACGAUGAUAUGCAAAUACUCAAUCAAUAGGAAAUUAUACAAUACUCACAAGAUAUAGUAAUACAAUUAGCUAAAUCUAAUAAAUUUAUUUGUGUUAUUGUGCAUAAUGACAAAUGUAUACUCUCCUUAACUAAUAUUAUUGAUAGAACAACACUAUUCAGAAUAUAGCCUUGUUAUAAAUCUUAAAUUUAAGUAAUCGAUCCUUAUUAUUAAAGAAUUCCAAUAAAGUUUCCUAUGAUGAUGAUAUAUUUUUGAUGUAUUCUCCUGAAAACAUUACAUUGUAAACUCUAGAAUAACAAUCAGAUUUAUUUGUAAAUGUUAAUGAGAAUAUGCAAUAAACUUCUGAUUUUAUAGUAUAAACAAUGAAAUAAACAACAUUCAAAUUGAAAAAGCAUCUCAAAGAUAAUUAGUCUACUUCAUUUUGUUAUGGCAGUCUAAUUAAAAUUAAAUAAAUUGAAAGAGACUCUUAUUUAGAAUUGACAACUAAUGAAAAUAUUUAAUAGAAUCCUCAUAAUAACAAUUUACAUAUGACUGAUGUGUAAACUCAAUAUUAGCGAAUUUAUUCAAAAAAUAAAACUGUUUUUUGGAGAUCUGGUGAAAGAAAUUAAUAAAAUAUAGAUUUAUUACUUUAUGAUAUAUGGAGAUUGUAUCAUCCUUAAAAGAUCAAUUAAUAGAUUAAAUAAGGAGAUUAAUUUUAUAUAUAAAAUUUGUCUGGUAAUUUCUAUUUAAAUGGAGAUUAAAUUUGUUAGAAUUACUAAGAUGCUUCACUCUUUUCAUUUAUUGAAGAAGAGUCUAUUAAUAAUAAAUUAUAUUAUAUUAUUUGUAAUAAUCAAUAUUUAAGUUAUAAGAUAAUUAAUGAAAAUAAUUUCAAUUAGAUUUAAGAUAAACAAUUAGUUGAAUAUAAAUCUAAAAAAUCUAAACUAGACUUAUUACAAUUUGAUCUAAUCUCUAAUGUAGAUUUUGUACACUAAAAUUGGUUAGAUAAUAUAGUUUAAUUGAUUUAUCAACUAAACUUAAAAUAUUAAUUACAUUAUGAUGAUAUCAAUUCAUUUAUUAAGAAUUAAUCAAUUAAUGAUGGAAAAUUUGAUGAACUCUUCUUUUAAUUAUAAUAAUUAGAAAUUGCAUUAAAUGAUUUAACUAUAUUCUGUGUUGCUGAUGAAGAAAAACCAAAAAUAAUAGAUAAAAAUGCAAUAUAUUAUUUAAAAAUGAAUUAAUAUAAUUAAGAUUUAUUAAGAAAGAAAGUUAUUGUUUAAUCCCUUUUAGAAUUUAUUGAAGUAGUGAAAUGGUAGUAUGAAUACACUUAAAUCAUUGAAUAAAAUAAAAUUGAAUCAAAUAAUGAUAUACCAAUAUAAGACCAUAAUAUUUAAUUCUUAUUUCAAUUAAAUACUAUUCUAAAUUAAAUUUUUUUAUUUUUUGAAGCUUUUAGUUCAAAUAAUGAUUAUAAUAGUCAAAUGAUAUUUUUAGCUUAUUUUAAAUUAAAAUAAUAUUUAGGAUAUAAUGUUGGAGCAUUUUAUUGCUUAAUUAGAUUAUUUGAGAACAAUACAAAUUUAAUCCCUGUAGCUGGUAUAAUGCCUUUUAUUGGAGAUUCUGAAAAGGAUUUUGAUGUAUCAUUAAUUAAAAGGUCUACUAGAAUCAAUACUAUUUUAACUAAAUAAUAAAAUUAAAUAAAAUCUUAAACAUUAAUUGAUGAAAUUUUUGAAAGAGCAAAUUAUUGUCUUUAAAUUUUAAAUAAAAGAUUUUGGGGAAAUAUUAUGAAGAUAUUAAGUGUUCUUUGUUUAUAAAAUGAUAAAGCAUGUUUUAAUAAUUAAAUUAAUAUAGGUAAACAUAUAAUAUAAGGUCCAAAGAUUUUAUUAUAAUUUGUUAUUAAAGAAGAUAAUUUACUCUAUGUUUAAAUAGAUGAUAAUUAAUAUGAGUUGAAUUAAAUAUAUGUUUAGAGUAGUAAGGCUAAUAAAGAAUUUAUGAAAGAUAUCAUAGAAUGUAAGAAUUUCUUAGACUCUUAAUUAAAUCUUAUAGGAUUAUUAUGUUAAGAAAGGAAUUAUGAAAAUAUUUAGUUUUAUAGGACUAAGUUACCAUAAAAAACAUUAAUAAAUUAUAUAAGUUAUUCUGGAAAUGCUGAAUCAUUAAGAUGUAGAUUAAUUAUCAUUUUAAUGAAUUUAUAUGUUGAUUGUUAUCCUUAUUAACCUAAGUAGAUUCCUAAACUAAUAUUCAAUCUAAAUAAAUUAUAUGGUUCUGUUCAAUAACCAUAAUCAAAUGGAUAUAAUGCUGAAUCAUCAUCAUUAGAAUUGUAAGAAUUUUAGAAAAAGUCUUUUCAUAAAUAAUUAACAAGAUAAUUUACUAUAAAUGAUACGAAAGCUAUUGAAAAAUUACUUACUAUUACUUAAGAAUUAGUUAAACUUAAUUUAAUUUAAUAAAAUUAAAUCAAUCUUAGUUUAAGUGUUUGUAAAAUCUUACAAAUGUUUUAUAAAUUGUAUACUUUCAAUCUACCUUAAAAUAAGGAAUUUCAUGAAAAAUACUUUGAUGUAAAUUUAUUAAUAUAAGCCUAUACUUUAUUACCUUAAUCAUUAGAAUAAAAUCAACCUUUAUAAGAGUAAGUUCAAUAAUUCUAAUAAUUUUAAGAAUAAAAAGAAAUAUUUAAUUAGAUGUCCAUCAUAUUAAUUGAUUUUUUAUUACUCUAUUUUAAACAAAAAGAGACUAAAAUAUUAAUUUAGAUUAUUAAAACAUCUUAAUAAUUUGAUUAUCUUGAUUUUUCAUAGUAAUAUAAUUAUAAUCAUUAUGAAAAGAUAAAAGAAAAUACAUUUCUUUUAUUAAAACAUAAGUAAUCUUAAACUGAAACAUAAUUAAAGGCUUUUAAUUUAAUGGAAUCUCUAUAUUAACCUAAAAGGAAUAUUAUUAAACGUUUAUAAAAAUGUUUAUUUUUAGAAAAUUAAGAAGAAGUGUCUCUUUAUUAAUAUAUAAAAUUAAUGAUUUUGUAAUUAAAAGAAUUAGAAAGUGCUGAUGAAAAAUAGUAAUUAUAUUAGAAUUGCAUUAAUUCUUUAAUAAAUUUAAAUUAAUAGAUAAAAAAAUCAUAAAAUUUAUUAUUACUAUAAAAAAUUUUAAGAAUUUUAAAUGUAGAUUAUAUUUUAUUAGAUUUUCUUGAAAGUUAUUAAUAAAUUUGUUAAUUAAUUACUUAAAAAUUUAAUAAAAGCAAUAAUGAUAAUAGAUAUAUAUUAGAAAUUAAUAACGAAGAAGAAUCAAUUUUAUAAUUUUGUACACAAUCCUUCAUUAUACUUAAAUAUUAAUGUAAUGGAAAUAAUUUGAAUAAAUAAAGAGUAUUAAGUAAAUUUAAUCAAUUUGAUGAAUUUUUAAAAUGCAUAGAUUUAGGACAAUAUGAUUUACUUUAAGAAAUCUAUUCUGAAUCAUAUGAGAAUAUUGAAUCAGCAAGUAGUAGGAUUAUUUAUCUACUCUUAGAUAAUUUUAAUUUAGGUUCACUCAAAGUCUUAGAAUCUUUGGUCAUUUAAUAAAAUAUAUCAAGUAAUAAAAAUCUGUUUGAAAUCAUCUAAUAAAUAUAAAAUACUAAAAAAUUUAAAUAACAACUUGGAUUUUAAGAUAAUUCCUUAGAAAAGAUCCUUUCAUAAAAUAAAUUUUAAACAUUUUAGAAGUAAUUUUUAAUUGGUAAUAUCCCUUAUAUUUUUUAAAUUUAAGGUAUUUAAUUUAUAUUGUAUUUACUUAAAUUUUCAAAUCCUUAAGGAUGUAAAGUAUUGGCUGAUGCAUUCCCUUUAUAAUAAGUAAUUAAAUAUUGUACUUAAUUAAAAGAUAUAUUCAAACCAACAUUUGAAGAUUUAAAUAUAGCUAUUUUAGAAACAAUACUAAAAACAUAGUUAAUUAAACUAUUUAAUGCACUUCUAAAUUAUAAAGAAAUCAUCAAAUAUGAUGAUGAAAUUUAAUAAAAUAUUGUUUAGUUUAUAGAGAAGGAAACUAAAAAUUUUGAAAAUAAAGUAGUUAUAUUAGAUUAUUAAAUGAGAUCUACAAAUGAAACAUAAAAAAAAUAUGAUUACAUUAAUUCAAAUUUUAAAUUUAAAAUAUAAAAAAAGGCAAAAGAAACUUAAUAAUUAUUUUAAUAAAUUUAAUCUGGAUCAGAGAAUGAUAGUGAUAGUGACUAAAAAGAAGAUGAAUAAUUAAAAGAAUGUUAAAAAUAAAUGGCAUGCUUUUCAUUAUAAUUUAAUUUUGAUUGCCUUUAUUUUAAUAAUUAUGCUAUGCUUUUACUAAAUGUUUUUCUAAAUUUAGCUUAAUUAAUAUAAGAGUAGAUAGAGAAUUAAGAGGAGUCAAAAUCUAAAUCUGGAAGUAGGGCAUCUUCAACUUUGGCUAGAUAAAUGAGUUUAUCUUAAGCAUUUGCUGAGAGUAAUGUGAAUGAUAUGAAUUAAAGUGUAAAAUUAAGACCAUUUCAUAAUUUAAAAGUAAAAAUUGAUUUAUUUUUAAAAUAAAUAGAAGAAUAUUUGAAAUUAAAUUUAACAAAGUGGGAAAUUAUAGAAAAUGGACAUUUUUUAAUAGAAAAAUCAUAAUAAUUGAAAAUAUUAUUUUUAAGAAAAUUGGAAUUUUAAAAUUGUAAUCUUGAUUUAAUUGAAUAAUAGAAAAAAGAUUAAGUAGUUGAUCCAUAUUGUUCACCAAUAUAUUGUAAUGAUAAUAGAAUACAUGAAUUAGUUUUAUUAAAGAAUAAAUCUGAAAAUAAAUUUAUUGACAAAUAAAUUAAUAGUUUUUUUAUGAAUGAUCAAAUUUUAGCAAUAGAAAAUUUUGAGAUGUACUUUUAAAUUUAUAAAUAAUAAUUAUUUAUGAAUGAAGACUUUGAAAUAAUCAGUGAAAAUUUUCCAAAGACUAUUAUACCUUUGAUUAAUUGUUUUUAAUCUAGUAUGAAUAAUUUAAAUAAGAAUUAUAAGAUUGUUAAAAAAAUAUUAAAGUUUUUAUGGCAUAUGUUGGAUAUGCAUACUUAUAUUAGAGAUGAUUACAUAUAGACAGUUAAGAUUUAUGAAUUAAAUAAAAAGGGAAAAUAUCAUUCUAAGAGUGAAUAGAUAUUAUAAAUAAAAGCAAUAAAAGCUUUUUAGAAUUUAAUUGUUAAUUAAGGAUUAUUUGAAAUAUUUUUGUAAUUUUGUAAUUAAUAUGAUAAAAUAAAGAUUGUUUAAUAAUCAGAAUUGUAUUUAUUAAAUAAGAAAAAGAAAGAGAAAUUAUUAUAUUAAUUUUUAUUAACUUCAAUAAGAUUAGUUAGAGGAAUUGAAUCUGCGAAUUAAUUUGCUUAAUAAAAAUUAAUGCAAGAAAUUUUAAAAACUAAAAGUAAUUAUAUAUUAAAAAUAUUUGCAAACAUUUUUGAAAGAUAUUAAUAAUAAGAUGAAACAUUAAAAUUAAGAUCAUUAAUAUUACAUGAUAUUAAUAGAGUAUAUUUGGCAUAUGAAUUUAAUGAAAUCCAUAGAUUAGAAUAAAAAAAGAAUGCAAUGAAAUUAGGAAUUUUAUAAGUUUAAAUGAAAUUAAUUUAAUUAUUAGCUGAAGAUCAUUUUAGACCAUUUUAAGAUUUCUUUAGAGAAUAAAUUGGAUUUGCUUAAAAUUAUGAUAUCAUUCAACAUCUCAUGAAUAUUUUAUUGAAUUUUUUCAAUUAAGAAUCAUUUUAUUCUUUAAGUUAAGAUGAUUACAUUUUGAUUUUAAAUUGUUUUGAUUGUCUUAAAGAAAAUAUAUAGGGACCUUGUCCUUAAAACUAAGAAAAAUUAUGUUAACCUUAAUUUUUACGAUUAUGUUGUAAAUUAUUGGGAUUUGAUGAUUCUUAAAUAAAAUUCUUAAAUCUCUAUUAAAGAUUUAGUAAAAUUGAUUAAGCUUUAUUAAAUUAAGAAAAAGAAAGAUCAAGAUUAUAAACUUAAGAAUAAUUUAGAAAGAAUAAUAAUAUACAAGAUAAAACAAUUAUUUAAUAAUAAAUUAUUUAAUAUUAUAUUUAAACUCCAGUUUAUUGUAGAUAAUUAGUAACUUCAUUUAGAAAAAGUAAUUCACUUAAUUAUAAAUUGUUUAUGUUAUCUGAAAUAAAAUAUAGAUGUGCAACAACAUUAGAAUCAUUAACUGAUAAUGAAUAAAAUGAAUCAGAUAUUUUAAAAAGAAUUUCAAUUAUUAUAAAUGAAAAGAUACUUAUUCGUAAUAUUACAAUUUAAUAUGAGAAAUAUAAAAUAUUACAUGGUUCUGGUAAAAAUUAUACAAAUCUUGUAUUUUCUCAUUUGUUAGGGGAAGAUUCAAAGAAUAUUGAAUAAGAAAAAGAAAGAAAGAGAAAUCAAAAAAGAGGUAAGGUUUAAAUUAAGGAUAGUAAUACUUAUUGGUAUUAAGUAGAAUAGGAAGUAACAAUUGAAUCAGCUGUGAAGGAUUUUUGGGAUUCUUUUAUAAUAGAGACAGGAUUUUCUUUAUUUAAUCUUUUAGCUUAAGUAUAUUAGAUGAAAGAUUAAGAUGUUUUGGAAAGAAUAUUUGAGUAAAUAGAUAAUACAAAAAAAUAGAAAAAGAAAUAUAAAUCUAUAGUCUUUUAUAAUCUUUAUAAAGCAAUAUUUUAGGCUUCAUAAUUAACUAAGUAAAUUUUAAUAAUUAUUAUUAUUUAGAAAUAUUAAGUAGCUUUAAUAAAGUGCAUAGCUAAGUGACAAAAUUUUUAAUCCAUACAAAUUAAAGAAAGCUUCAGGUGAAUAAGAAGCCUAAUAAAAGAAAUUAGGUUAUAGAGCUUUAAGAUUUUUUGCUACAAGAACAGGAUCAAUUGAAAUAUUAUUACCAUCUAAAUAACUAAAGAAAGUGAUGUUUCCACUUGUACCUCAUUGUUUUGCUUUGAAUAAUGCAAUUAAAGAGAAAUUCGCUUCUGAUAUUGAUAGAUUAUCUUAAUAAAGGAAGGUUGAAUCAGUCUUGUCAAAUUCAUCUCAUAUAAUUUAAAAAUUAAAAACUGAAUAUAAAUUUUAAGCUUUAUACAAAAAGAAUUUUGUUAUAAAUUUGUUAGCUAGCAAUUAGAAACUAUGGAAAUAAAUAAUAUUUUUAGUAAUAGUUUUAGAGAAUCUAAUGAUCUUAUUCUCAAGUGAUUCUAAUUUAGAAUAGAUAUUUAGUGAUAUUUUGUUUGGAUUAACAAUUACAUAAAUAAUUUUGUAAUUCCUAUGUUUUUUUAUUUUUAUAGUGAAAAAAUUACCUUAUUUAAGAAUAAAAUCAUAAGAGAUAGUAUUUGAAAAAUAAAUAAAUAGAAUAAGAAUGAGAGAAAUUAAAUAUAAAUAUUUAGAUAAUUCAUAAAGUAUAGUACUUUAAGAGGAUUUUGUUUUAGAAAAGACAGAUUCAUUUUUAUUAGAAUAAAAUAAAUGGAGAAGACUCUAUUAUAAUAUAACAGAUUACUUUACAUUAUAUAAAUGUAUUUUGUUAGAUUAUGAAAUGAUUUACUUCUUAAUUUUUACAACUUUAGCUUUUAUUGGAUUAUAUAUUAAUAUAGUUUUAGCUUUAUUAUUAUUAGAUGUUUUUUGGAGAUUCCCAACUUUGACAUCAAUUGUUAAUGUAAAUUAAUUAAUUAAUUAAUAUAGGCAAUUUGGAGACCUAGUGGAUCAAUAUUAUUGGUACUCUCUUUGUAUAUAAUAAUGUAAUACUAUUAUUCUCUAAUCGUUUAUCAUUAUUAUGCAGAUCAAUAUAAACCUUAUUGUGAAAAUUUACUUUAAUGUUUCUCUUUUAUAUUAGAUGUUACAUUUAAGACAGAUGGUGGUUCUGUUGGUUUUGUAUCAUCUAGUGAUGUUUAUGCAGAUGAAAAUUAUAGAUAUAGUAUCCUUAAUUUUUGGGAAUUCAUUUAUGUCUUUGUUGUUAUUAGUUUAUUAUACUCAAUAAUUACUGGUAUCAUUAUAGAUUCAUUUGGUGUGUUAAGAGAUGAAGCUGAAGAACUUGAUAAUGAUAUCAAAGGAUUUUGUUUGAUUUGUGGAAUAGAUAGAGGAACUUUAGAAAAGAAAGCUAAACACAAAAAAGGAUUUAGAUUUCAUGUUAAAUAUGAACAUUGUGUUUGGAAUUAUAUUUUUUAUAUUUCAUAUUUAGAAGAUAAAAAGAAAUCAGAUUAUAAUGGAAUUGAAAGUUAUGUAGAUUCAGAUUUGAAAAGAGAGAGUAUCAAUUGGUUCCCUAUUAAUAAGUCACUCUCCAUACCUGACGAAGAAGAAGAAUAAGAAGUAAUUAUAUAUUUAUAUAUAUUAUUAGGAAUUGUAGAAUUUUAAAUAGACAAUAGAUGAUAGAUUAAUAGAAAUUUAUAACAAAAUUGAUUAACUUAAAGGUUGA